AUGAUUUCAACAAUCGGCACAACAACAAUUCAAACAACAGCACCAAACUCUUUAGUCAUGAAUCCUACGUCAAUGUUAGUAGAGAUGAAAAGCUUCAUUCCUUCUUCAUAUACUUUUGAAACAGAAAUCCAGAAGAUAAAGCAAGAACUUUUAACAAGUAAUUUAGACUGUAGUGCGAAAGAUGAAACAAAUGAACAGUAUCUUUAUGAAAUGCAGGACAUUAUUGACCAUUUACCCAAAUUGCCUGAAAUCCAACAACAAAAACUAACCAUUCCUGAAUUCGAUGAAAUUGAAGUCAAAGCAACUGACUCAGUAGAAAUAAAGAAGUUCAUACGAAAGGUAAACUAUGAGUUUCUAGGAUUUCAUUGCAACCAUAAGGUUAUGGACAAAGAUUGCGACAUGGUAUAUAAGAAUGUUUCUGACAUAUAUAAAUCGGUGGAGUUUAAGACCUACGACAACUUUGUUACAUUAGUUGCAAAAUGUGUAUGGCAGAUAAGAGAUAAAGAUAGAAGAGGUAAGGUAUGGAAUGAACAAAUAAAACCAACUGCUUCAGAUUUAAAGAAAACCAUUGACGCUUUAGUUGUUUUAGCUGGUUUUAUUUCAAUGUAUAACGCAAAAAUGAACCCGCAAUGUUCUAAAUGUAAAGCAGCAAUAAGAAAAUAUAACUACUCCGUCAAAGAGAUAGAAAGAAUGAGAAACGACUAUGCAGACUUAAAGAAAGAAGCAGAAAAGCCAGCAGAAAAUAAAAUGGACAUGUUAGAAUUUCUGAACAAAAACUAUCCAACAGCAGAAGAUUUCCUUCUGUCUGACGUCAAGAAGAAGUAUAAAGAGACUUUCGGCAUUGUUAAAACUUUUGACAUACUGACAGAAGAAAUAGAAGCUACGAAAUUGUUUAGAAUUUCAAAUAUACAUCGUACAAUUCAUGUAAAACGGUUGUGA